AUGCGCUGUGGUUCCACAGGAUUGACAGUCGUUUCGGUCGGUUCAUUAACUUGGUCGGACAGCGGGUCAUCCAUCUCGGCCGGCAGGCCGGUAUGCGGGAUUCGACAGUUGGCGUCGGAUCCCCUCGUUUCUGGGCCCGGCUGUACCAGCACUGACGGCGCACAGACGACAUUGCGUCUACCUCUUCGGCACCAUCUCGAUGGGCCUGAAAACGACCACGAAAUGACACGAUUUGCGAGCCAUGCUCAUCUGCCCGGAGCGACCUGUCUUGCCGGCCACGACUCCCGACAGUGCACACGGUGGAGAUGUACAGCAAUCUCGGCUUUCACACAAUCGCUUGGCUCACGAGCGGACAGAUUUCUUGCAUUUCGAGUGUGA